CAAACUAAAACAAAAUUAGUAGUAUCACUCCAUAUCCCUAUUUGAAACGCCCAUCUCCGACGCUCAUCACCAUCCAGCAGCAAUCUACUAGUGAGGGAAGGAGGGGGCGGGGAGGUUCGUUUGAGGAGGGCAGGCUUUCCAGCGUUACUAGUGCUCCCUCACUACCCUCAUUUCAGCAUCUGAGGCAAAUACUUCAAAAUGUACCAAUUGGACAUGAAAGAAUUUACUGGAAGAUAAGUGAAAAGACAGAAGGGGGGAAUCAGCUGCCAGAGCUCAGAAAGUGUUAGAAGUCCGUCGGAAGAAAAAAAAGGAUUUAUCUCUGGCUUUCAGAACUCAGAGUGAUAUGGCUGGCGUUCUCCGCAAGCUCGCAGCAUGCAUCCCCUGCGUGUGGAUCUUCCUCAUGCUUUUCGACCCAAGCUUGCAAACCGGGGCUGUAACAGGUCACAGAGAACCCAUUCCCGAUGACAGCAAAGACAACAUCACCAUCUUCACCCGGAUCUUGGAUCGCUUGCUAGAUGGUUAUGACAACAGAUUGCGCCCCGGACUAGGAGAAAGUGUGACUGAGGUGAGGACAAACAUCUAUGUGACAAGCUUCGGACCAGUAUCAGACACUGAUAUGGAAUACACAAUUGAUGUGUUCUUCCGGCAAAGCUGGCGGGAUGAGAGACUGAAGUUUGAUGGGCCUAUGCAGGUCCUUCCACUUAACAACUUGCUCGCCAGCAAGAUUUGGACUCCGGACACUUUCUUCCACAAUGGGAAGAAGUCAGUAGCCCACAAUAUGACUACACCCAAUAAACUUCUGCGGCUGGUAGACAAUGGAACUCUUCUCUACACGAUGAGGUUAACCAUCCAUGCUGAGUGCCCUAUGCAUCUGGAGGAUUUUCCUAUGGAUGCCCAUGCCUGCCCGCUGAAGUUCGGAAGUUAUGCCUACACCAACAAUGAGGUUGUCUACAUCUGGACAGCAGAUGAUGAGAAAUCUGUUUCUGUGGCUCCUGAUGGUUCUAGACUCAACCAGUAUGACCUGUUGGGCCAUGUCAUUGGCAAAGAGACCAUCAGCUCCAGUACAGGAGAAUAUGUGGUGAUGACAACAUAUUUCCAUUUGAAAAGGAAAAUUGGCUACUUCGUGAUCCAAACGUAUCUCCCCUGCAUAAUGACCGUCAUUCUGUCUCAGGUCUCCUUCUGGCUGAACCGGGAGUCCGUUCCAGCACGUACCGUCUUCGGUGUCACAACUGUCCUAACCAUGACCACAUUGAGUAUAAGUGCCCGGAACUCACUUCCAAAGGUAGCCUAUGCGACAGCUAUGGACUGGUUUAUGGCAGUGUGCUAUGCUUUUGUCUUCUCUGCUCUCAUUGAGUUUGCCACUGUCAACUACUUCACAAAGCGCAGCUGGGCCUGGGAUGGUCAGAAGGAGGCCCAGGAGAUGCGGAGGCGAGAAUCGGCUUCCUUCUCCAAGAAAACCAACAACACUUUCAACAUCGUGGGAACCACCUAUAGCAUGAACGUAGCAAAAGACCCCGGACUGACAACCAUCUCCAAGAGCGCCACAUCCACAUCCACGUCCACCCCAUCCCAGCCAGUCCGAGAGGUCCGACUCCCCAAAAUGGAUGGUGAAUACGUGCCAGAGGGUGGAGGAAAGUCAUACAACCGCGUGAGCAAAGUGGACAAGAUCUCUCGUAUCAUCUUUCCAGUGCUUUUCUUCGUCUUCAACCUGGCUUACUGGGCCACUUAUGUCAACAGAAAGCCGACCAUCAACCGGUCCAGCCCACAGAAAUGAACAUGGCAACCGAAAACAAACAAAUAAACUGCCAGUCCAGUCUUAAUCAGUAACAUGAUGCUACUGUUAAUUUUCCUAUUUUUCCUUCUUUUUUUAUUUUAUUUUUACAACCAUGUGAUAGAAAAUUCUAGUUAGUAGUUUGUUGUUUGUUUUAAGUUUUUCUUUUUGUUUCAUAUUUGUGUGUGGCAUUUCAUGUUUUGCAAGAGGUAAAAUUUGACAGUAUUGCUGGUCUUGUGCAGAUGGCCAUCGUUUACCCACUUAAGCCCCUCCCACUCUCCACACACUGUGGGCUAAUUCCAAACAGAAGCAAGCAACCCUGUUUCCUACUAAGCAUUUGGAACUCCCUUGACGAAGGGAAUGACUGACCAAGUGAUACCUUGACUAUGCUGCGUAUGCAUGCAACACUCGGCACUCUACGAGUUGUUGUAAAAAAAAUAUAUAUUAUUCUUAUUAUUAAACUUUUUCAAACUAAACAUUACCAUCUUAAAUCAUAUUUCUAUCACUGAUGAAAAAUAUUUUGUAGAACAUUAAAAUAAAGACAUAUUUUGGUAUACUAUUCUACUUACGUUCGGGAAGUUGAAAUCGCAUCGCAAGAUCUCCUAAGUUUGGAAUUCACACUGUGUAUCAUCAGAAAAUCUUUAGUCCCCAUUGUCACCAUGGCAAGAACCUGCAGCCUUUUAGCAGUCAGUGGUGAUGUCCGUAGGCGAAUCAUUAAUAACUGUCUGUUCUUUGACACUUUGCAAACCCACAGUAGGCCUAUUAUAUCAUAGUAUCAGUAGUAUCAUCUAAGCCGCGUUUCCACCGCUGGAACUUUACCCAGGAACUAGGGACUUUGUGCUGGUACUCGGUGUGUUUCCACCACAGGAACCAGGAUUCUAAAUAAAGGUCCGGCAUUCAGGGGCGGGAUUUGGGCGCUAAACAUGCUGACUGGUUGAGUUCACGCAGCAUUGUGAUUUAAACCA